AUGGAGAACGCCUCUGAAACUGAUUCUUACAUGCCCUCUGGGCUUUUCCCCAAUAUGCGAAGGCGAAAGUCCGACGACACCAUCACUAACCGACCGUCGCUGUACUCGGAAACUGAAUCUUCAUCGAUUCUGAAUCUCCGAAACAUCCUCUUCAAUGCUGCUCCCACUACGGUAUCCAGAGCCUCAACUCAAGACAACGCCAGUAGCGAAACUGUUGACAAAGUAACAGACGAAGAAUCUCGUGAGUCUUUCGACUCUUCUAUAAUAGACGAAUUAACUAGAGACAGAAACUACUCUCAGCAGAAUGGCAAUUUCAAGUAUUUAGAUGCUUACCAACAAGCCAAAAGAGCACGCCCGAGCUUCGAAGGUUCUGUAUUCGAACUCUCGUCACUCCCUGACUUUGAGAAGUACGUGAAACAGACCCAAAUAAACGAUUCCAUAAGGGACAAAGUUGCCUCGUCGACGGUCCGAGAUGGCCCUGCAACUUUGGAGAUAGUGAACAAUGAAGAAAUGAAAGAAAAGUUUUUUACAGACGACUACAGCUUCCAAGGUGACAUCAAGAAGCCAAGAAAGCCAGAGCCGGCAUGGCACAAGGAUAGACGAUGGUACUCGUUCCCUAAAAAAGACAAUACUGAUUUGCAGUUUCGUGAAACAUUAACAUCUCCAACACUGAGCUCUGACGAGUCUGGUACUCCUCAGAAGUUCUUGCAAAGAAAGCUUCGUAUGCGGCAUCUUCAAAUGAUUUCAUUUGGCGGAACCUUGGGUGUUGGACUUUUCCUCAAUAGUGGAAAAGCUUUCACUAUAACAGGAGGCUUUGGUACCCUAUUGGCAUUUAUGAUUUGUGGAUCUAUCAUAUUGGCAACUAUUGUUUCCUUUUGUGAAAUGGUGACAUUCGUUUCUGUAGUGGAUGGUGUAUCAGGUUUGAGUUCAAGAUUCGUGGAAGACGCCUUUGGAUUCGCCGUGGGCUGGAUGUAUUUUGCCAGUUUUGCGUUUGGCCUAGCAGGCGAAAUUGUCGCUAGCAUCAUCAUGCUCUCAUUUUACCCUCAACUAAGCAUCGUGAAUAACAAAGGAGCUAGUGCAGGGUUUGUGGUUUUAUUUCUAGGGAUUAUUUUGUUCAGCAACUUGAUAGACAUCAGAAUUUUUGGAGAAGUCGAGUACAUUUCCAGUGUCAUCAAGUUAGUCGUGCUUCUGGUACUUCUUAUAAUCAUGAUUGUAUUGAAUACCGGGGGCUUUGGAACCGAGGCUUUGGGGUUCAAAUAUUGGAAUUAUCUGAAAUCAGAUUUCGAUCAUGACUUAAUAUUUGGGUUAUUUCGCCCGUCAUUCAACUUACAUGACGAUGGAACUUCUACUCCAUCUGAAGGAAUAGGAGGUUCCGCCGGAAGAUUUCUUUCUCUUCUUACGGCUAUACUAGUGGUGACAUACGCAUACAGCGGGACUGAAAUUGUGUGUGUUGCUGCCUGUGAAGCCAAAAAUCCCCGGAAAGCGCUACCUUCAGCCACCAGGCGUGUCAUAUGGCGUAUCUUGAUUUUCUAUUGCUUGGCGGCAUUGUUGGUGGGAAUUAAUGUUUACUCAGGAGACCCUAGAAUGUUAAGAUACUCUCUGGGGACAACAGGUGUUUUGCCAAAAGACUUUCUGACGAAUUACGCAGUCCAGUACGCCGGGGGUUCGGAGUGCAAAAUACAAUCUGAAGUGUACGCUGGCUUCGGAAGUGGAGCUCAAAGUCCUUGGAUAGUUGCACUUCAGUCGGCUGGCCUCUGUAAAAUGUGCUCAGUUGUCAACGGUUUUCUUGUCUUUUUCGCUAUCAGUUGUGGAAACGCUCAACUUUACGUCAGUUCUAGGACCGUGUAUCUGAUGGCAUUGCAAGGAAAGGCACCCAAGUUUUUGGCAAACUGUAACAGAUUUGGUAUUCCUUACAAUGCAGUACUUUGUGCCGCAAGUUUUGGUCUCUUGGCAUUCAUUUGUGUAUCGCAACAAGCAACAGGAGUCUUCCAGAAUCUCACAAGCUUGAUUUCGUCUUCAGGAAUCAUGGUCUGGUUCUCAAUGUGUGUAUCAUACAUCCGGUUCUAUUAUGGAUUGAAGAAAAGACCUGAUAUUAUCAGUCGCGAUGACAAGUCUUAUCCUUACAAGUCGAUAUUCCAGCCUUAUACUGCCAUGUGGGGAGCGUUUGGCAGUGCUUUCAUUCUCAUAUCGAUGGGAUGGGUUGUGUUUUUAAAGGACGAGUGGGAUACCUGGUUUUUCUUCCUGAGUUACGGCACACUAAUGUUGUUCGCAGUGCUUUAUUUCGGUUACAAAUUUGCCAAAGGAACCUCUUUUGUCAGCCUUGAGCAGCUUGACUUUGAUACUGGACGAACUGAAAUGGAUCGCUACAUUUGGGAUGGAGGAAGAGAGUAUAAUUUGAGAAAUUGGAAGGACCUUGCUAGGAAAUGGCUUCGUCUCCUAUCAUAG